AUGAACGGUGCCUCAGUUUGGGCUGUUUCUAUCCUGGCCAUCUGCGGGGCACAGUUUAUAAUCCAGCAGGAAACUUGUACUGAUAUUUGUCGGGUUGGAAUAACCCCGAACGAUUCCACCAUGGACUGUCGGAAUCAACUCUGGGAGCACAGGAAGCUUAUCAAUCUUACAAUCACUCCAUGUGACAGCGACCCCUGCAUUUACCAGAAGAAUGCCACGUACGUGAUCUCAUUCUACGCGGUUGCUAAUUAUUCGCAGAAGUUCUGGCCUUGGUGGUCAAAAGGCAUUCCACACGUGAACCAAGGAAAGUUGUUGGGAGGUCUGUGGCUCGAGCAGCACACCGAGGAUUUACGUGCUUUCGGAGAGGAGGUGUCCUUCAACUUCACCAACCCCGACGUUGACAUGCCACUCAGAGUCACGCCAAACGAAACUUUCAAAAUUACCGUCCGACUGUGCCGCAAGUUCCUCCCCGACGACUUCAAGCUUAAGAUUUUCCUGGGUACCUGGCAGCAUUCGUUCGGGUGUUGCAACGCGCGCGUGAACUUCACGAGGGAAUGGAAGAAAUGCCUCAACUACGACGAGUCCGAGCAGAAGACCAGCGCCAAGCAACCACGCAGUCGCGCCGAAUUAUGA